AUGGUCAUUGUCUUCUUUAUUGUUGUCUUCAAAACGUUUUCAGGGGCUAAUUCUCUUCCACAUCUCUGCAUCUACAUGGUUGCUGGUGAUUUUACUCUCAUACGAGAUCUCGAUGUCUUGAAGGGCAGCUUCACAAUGAAGCUUCGUGUUAUCAGACUAUGGACACUUGACAAUUACUACAACAAAAAUGAACUUUUCUCUAUUGAACUUAUUCUAAUGGACGAAGAGGGUAACAAAAUCCAAGGUUAUGUCCCUAAAGCUUACAUUUACAAGUUCAAAAAACUUCUAAAAGAAGGUGAAGCUUUUAUCAUCAAAUCUCCAAAUUUAGCAAAGAUGCAGGAAAGAAGCUUUCAACUUACCAAUCAACUACAAAAGCUUGCUUUGAAUCUGGACAGUAUUGAUGGCACUGUUCCAGAUAAUAUGUCAUUGGAUGUUAUCGGAUUGGUAGUAGUAGUUGGUGAAAUGGAUGCUCGAAAUGCAGAUCGAAAAAGGCAUAGGAUUAGAAUACAAAUCCAAGAUGCCAAUGGUUUGCAAUUGGAUGUUAACCUAUGGGGCGAUUAUGGUUACACAUUCUUACAUUAUAUCCAAAAGAAUCCAAACAAUGUCCGCAUCGUCAUAAUCCUUCAAUUUGCAAAGAUUAGUGUUUGGCAAGAUCGUCGAUCCGUCAAUACGUACUAUGAUGUAUCGAAGUUCAUCAUCAAUAGUGACAUUGAUGACAUAAAUGUUUUCAAAAAAGGAAAAAAAUAUGUUAUUGUUGCGACAAUUAAAGGAAUUCUUCAAAAUAAAGAUUGGUAUUACCCAACAUGUACAAACUGCAAUACCAGGACAUUUUCAGACACGCCUUCUAAUGAAGCCAAUGUCAUCGGAUCAUUUCAACACGCAAAAUAUGAAUGUCGAAAUCCAAAAUGCACAAAAACUUUAACAUCAGUUAUUCCAAGGUUCAUGAUUCCGGUGCGUGUUCAAGAUCAUACUGGAAGUAUGACUCUAACAAUGUUUGAACAAGAUGCGAAGAAGCUUCUUAAAAUUUCUGCAAAAGAUUUAAUUGCAAGGACAGCUCGGCUUGGUUUUGGUACUGCCUUAUACCCCUCUGAAAUUAAUGUCUUGAAAGAUAUGAAAUUAGCUUUCAUAGUUUCUAUUUCAAAAUACAAUCUUGAAAGGAAUAACAAUCAAUAUAGUAUUUUGAGGAGUAGUGAUGAUGACAAGUUGAUACAACAGUUGGAAAAAAACUUUGUCGUUUCAGAGGGAUGUAAUUCACAAUCGUUUGAUGUUGGUACCACUGAUUAUGAAUCUCAAGAUAACAAGAGUAUAAAGGAUGCCAUAUCUCAGACUGAUGAUAAUGUUACACCGACCAAUGUUUUCAAAUCGACAGCCACAAGUCCAAAAAAGAAUUUUGACACAUCAAAGGGUUUGAAGCGAGCUCUUGAGGACGUAUUUGUUUUGGAUGUGAAUGACAAGAUGUCGUCAUCAAAGGCUACAAAAGUUGGAGUGGAAGAUGGACAGGUGAAAUUUUUGAAGGUGAAGUUGGAAAAGUGA